UUAACUUUGUUAGGAUCAACAAACAAUAAAUAAGAAAUUGGCGUUGAUGUAAAAUGUAUGGAAAACGUUAAAGAGAUCAUUGGAGAUGACGACGUAACAAUAAUAUAUAGUAAAUGGGAAGAAGGCAAAAGCCUCAUCAAUCAUAAACAUAAGAGAUCGCAGAUGAAGAUGAUGAUGAGCCCAAUUGUGAGAUCACUGAGUUUCCUUGUUGCCUACUCUUCACUUUUCAUUCUAGGGUUUUGUAAUGAUGAUGAUUCUUCUUCUUCUAAACAUGCUGUUGCAGCAGAGUCAGAGUCUCAAACUCAAAGAAGCAGUGGUUCUUUUACUAUGAUUAUGCUUAUUACUGUCUUUAUUGCGCUUGUCGUAUUUUCUUUGUUAUCUUUUUUACUUUUUAAGUUAUGGCGUAAGAAGAAAAGGGAAGAGCAAUAUGCUCUUCUUUUGAAAUUGUUUGAAGAGGAUGAUGAGUUAGAGCUUGAACUAGGCCUUAAAGAUUGAUUCACCCACCCUUAUGUAUUUCUUUCUACUUGUAUUCUAUUCUAUUCUAUUCUAUUCCAUCAUUAUUAAUU